GAUCAGUGGCGUUUCUGAUAGGCCUCCCUGUCCAAUUGCAGGUGGCCCUAGUGGGCCAGGAGCCCAUCCUAUUCUCUGGGCCCAUCAGGGAGAACAUCACCUACGGCCUACAAGGCUGCAGCGAGGAAGACGUGAGCAGAGCAGCGGAAGAAGCUGAUGCCUUGGGAUUCAUCUGUGAGCUGGAAGGAGGCUUUGAUGCAGAGGUGGGGGAGAAGGGGGGCCAGCUCUCCAUCGGGCAGAAGCAAUGGCUGGCCAUCGCCCGGGCCCUGAUCCGUGACCCGAAGGUCUUGGUGCUGGAUGAAGCCACGAGUGCCUUGGACCCCGAGAGUGACGCUGCAAUCCAGCAGUCUGUGCAGACCAGUGGAGCCCGGACGGUGUUGGUGAUUGCUCAUCGGAUGCAGACGGUGGAGAACGCAGACAAGAUUGUGGUGCUAGAAGGAGGAGAGGUUGUGGAAGAAGGGACUCACACGGAGCUGAUGGGCCGGCAAGGCCCCUACUAUAGACUGGUGGAAAGGUCCCAGGCGGAGUGACUUCCGGAGUUGCAACAGAGACGCUCGGCCACAGGAUCCACUGCUUUUGUAGAUGCCAAAUGCAUGAUUGG